AUGAUGAUUCUGCCGCACGAGUUGGUCAUUCAAAUCUUACUGAGGUUGCCGCCACAGAACCCAAUUGUAGAAUUCUACAUAUAUCAAAUUCAACGCAAUCCAUCGAUGUCGAAGGAUCGCUUGACAGUGGCAUUUCACUCAACCUUGAUUGGAUCUUUCCAGAGUAUUUUACCGUUAAUUUUCCAGUUAAAGGGUCAUGCAGAGGAUGCUGAAUAUUUCUAUGGUUUUGGGUACGACGAUUCAACCGAAGAUUACUUGGUUGUUUCAGUGUAUCAUUAUAAUGCUCCUCCAUUACACUUGGAGUAUUACUCAUUGAAAGCUAAUACAUGGAAACAAGUUGAGGGUCCUCACUUCCCUUAUAUCCUUGAGGGUCAGUAUAAGCCUGGGUCUCUCUAUAAGGGAGCUAUUCAUUGGUUGGCUUAUCAUUGUGAUUUACAAAGUCAUGGUAUUGUUGCAUUUGAUUUAAAGGAAAGGAAACUUUCAUGUAUGCCUUUGCCGCCUGGUAUAUUUCAUGGUUUGUGGGUAUAUGGCGAAUUUCUCAGUGUAUAUGCUAUGAAUGAGAUUGAUGAUAUCCUUGAAAUAUGGGUGAUGAAAGAAUACAAAGUGAACUCCUCUUGGACUAAGACUAUUGUUCUUAUUGUUGAUUCCAUCAGUUCCCCAAACCAAGACUUUUUACCAUUGUGCUGUACAAAAAGUGGUGAUAUUAUUGGGUUAGAUGAAGACAAUGGAUUGGUGAAGUACGAUAAAUACGGAGAAUUUCUAGAGCAACAUUCUUAUUAUAAUUACAGGCAUAUAUGCGACGUGACUACGUAUGUGGAUUCUCUGCUUUCACUCCCCGGUGAUGGUGACAACGAGUAA